CUGACUGCCAGUAGAUCCCCGUCUCUCUCAAGCAGUGCAAUUUGCGUCUGGUGUUUACGUUACCUUUGAACUUUUUAAAGGUCCGAAGAACAGUGCCUUUGAAUGCUUUAAAGGAACAUUUGUCUGGAUAUGCAGGAAUGGGAGUCUUGAGAACUAUGAACGCCUACGUUCCAUUUGCGACACUGCACGUGGUAGACCAAUCACAGCAGUCUAGACCAUCUGACCAAUCAGAUCAGAGUAGGCUGACCGAAAGGAGGGGAUUAGACAGAUGAAUCGCUGAACGAAUCAUUUGAGAGUCAGUCAAGAGGUAUGACGGACUACUCUGAAAAGCAAAUCAAUAAAUGAAAUGGUGCAGGGGACCAAAACUAUGGCAUAGAGCGCAAUGACAGCGCAGUCAAACAUUCUCUAGUGAAUGGAGCUGGGUAAGCAGCGAUGAUGCGUUGUCUAGCAGCCCGGGUUCACUACAAAACCCUGAUAGUGAUCUGCGCUCUCCUCUCCCUGCUCACGGUUCUUCUGUGGAACAAAUGCACGAGCGAGAAGGCUCUCCGCUUCCUCCCUCGGCACCCCCAGCCACCUCCCAGCCCUAAAAUAGACAGCCAUCCACAGCAGCCCCAGCCCCCUGAACCUCCACCUGUGGUGGGCGGAGUACGCUAUGAAGAGAUUGACUGCCUGAUCAAUGAAGAUGUCACCAUUAAAGGCCGGCGAGAAGGCACCGAGGUGUACCUGCCCUUCAGCUGGAUGGAGAAGUACUUUGAGGUGUACGGGAAGGUGGUACAGUACGACGGCUACGAUCGAUUUGAGUUUUCACACAGUUACUCCAAAGUAUACGCCCAGAGAGAGCCUUACCACCCCAGUGGAGUCUUUAUGUCCUUCGAAGGGUAUAACGUGGAAGUGCGGGACAGAGUGAAGUGCAUCAGUGGUGUGGAAGGAGUACCUUUAUCCACCCAGUGGGGCCCUCAAGGGUAUUUCUAUGCCAUUCAGAUAUCUCAGUAUGGCCUGAGUCAUUACAGCAAGAACCUGACGGAGCGGCUGCCCCAUGUGGAGGUGUAUGACACAGCGGAGGAGAGAGACAGCAGGUCUAGCACAUGGAGUGUCCCUAAGGGCUGCUCUCUCACCCGAGCCUACGACAAGACCAGAGCCACAUCAGUGCGACAGUUCAGCACUGCAGAAAACUCAGAGGGAAUCUCACUUCCUCUUGGCAACACAAAAGAUUUCAUAAUCUCUUUCGACCUGAAGUUCACAUCUAAUGGUAGCAUCUCCGUUGUCUUGGAGACCACAGAAAAAGGACCUCCAUUUGUUAUCCACUACGUCACUACCACUCAGCUCAUUUCAUUCAAGGAUCGUGACAUCACCUAUGGAAUCGGCCCUCGGACUGCUUGGACCACGGUCACCCGUGACCUUCUCACAGACCUCCGCAAAGGCAUUGGGCUGUCCAACACUAAAGCGGUAAAAGCCACCAAGACCAUGCCUCGCCGAGUUGUAAAGAUAGCGUUACACGGCUAUGGCUCAAUAGACAAUAUCACAAUCUCCACCACUGCACAUAUGGCUGCGUUUUUUGCUGCCAGUGAUUGGCUGGUGCGCAAUCAGGAUGAGCGUGGCGGUUGGCCCAUCAUCGUAACACGUAAACUCGGGGAGGGUUUCCGUGCUCUGGAGCCUGGUUGGUAUUCUGCUAUGGCACAAGGGCAGGCUAUGUCUACCCUGGUGCGCGCCUAUCUGAUGACAAAAGAUGACACUUACCUGAAAUCUGCGUUGCGUGCCACCGGACCUUUCAAACUGCCCUCGGAGCAGCACGGAGUUAAAGCUGUUUUUAUGAGUAAAUAUGACUGGUACGAGGAGUAUCCCACAAUUCCCAGCUCUUUUGUCCUGAAUGGGUUCAUCUAUUCCCUUAUAGGCCUGUACGACCUGGCACAAACAGCGGGGGAGAAACUUGGACGGGAUGCCGGCCAGCUGUACAGCAAGGGGAUGGAGUCCCUCAAGGUUAUGCUGCCCCUGUACGAUACGGGGUCGGGCACCAUCUAUGAUCUGCGCCACUUUAUGCUGGGCACCGCACCCAACCUGGCUCGCUGGGACUACCAUACAACGCACAUCAACCAGCUCCAGCUGCUGGGUUCUGUUGACAACUCGCCCAUCUUCAGGGACUUCAUCAAGCGCUGGAAAAGCUACCUGAAAGGAGGGAGGGCCAAGCACAACUAAAGCAGAGCACAGAGCCCCUUAAAUCUCUUCAGGCUUUCAAAUCCUCUUCCUGACUGCCACCGCAAGGGCCAGAGGAGGCCAAGUGUAAGACUGCUAGCCACAGUAUGCAAAGGGGAAAAAUGACUGAACAGUCUGGUAGCCCUCUGAUGUUCUGUUUGAGAAGGUGAUUGCAGUGCUUCUUGUGUGUGUGCUGAGGUUUUAAUUAGAAACAAACGCAGCUGCUUGCAGCAUGUGUCUAGAUGAGGAUGGAGGGCUUUGGUGUUUAAUAUUUAAAGCUCCAGAUCCGCAGGUUUCUGUGAGAAAUGUGUCUGCUGAGAUUUGCCACAUUUGGGCACGCUUCAGUCGAGAAGAGGCGAGUGCAAAUUCAGCUUUCAGAAACUUCUUGCAAAGUAAAGCUCGGUACCUAAUUAAUCUCCAGACAGACGAAAUACACAGUUGAGUGAUUGUAGAGAAAUCAACAUUAGCCACAAUAGAUAUUUGAUACGAUGUUGUUAGUUUAUGAGCAGAGGAAUGCAUAUAACCUACAGGGAAAAUGCUGAUGAUGUCCACAAGUGUAGCAUCGGUAGGUUUCAGAAAUCAGGUAGGUUUACUCGGUCAAGUUGACAUUUGGAGGGACACAUGACACCUCAUGUUCAACCCACACUCUGAUUCACUGUCCACAGUGUCCAGUCUCUAUAAUGCUUCACAUUUGUGGGCUGUCACUAAUGUGGCCCAGUCUGUACUGUAGGGCACUUGAUUGGUGUUUGCAGCAAUUACAUUUUUUUUUGUUAUUAGGAGGAACAUUCUGACACCCCCACUAGACUGAUAAAGCAUGGUGUUGAGCAGAACCUUUUUCUUUUAUAGAAAUUUGAGGAGCUUAACAUGUUUUUGUUGGGUAUGAUGUUCAAACGUCAUGGUCGUGCACUUUACUUGUGUGGCAUGCAUGUGUGUGUGGUGAGGAUGCCUUUAUAGAACUACUUGUGAGGAAUUAGCAUUUCACUUCUGACAUCGAUUCAGUAUUCUUUAUUACGUUAAUGAACAGUUUUUAAAGGAAUUGUCAACUUUUUUGCUGAUUCCAGUGAUUUUGUAGCUAUAUCCAUUACCUUUCUUCCUCCCCAUUUCAUCUAAAUGUUUUACAACUGUUUGUUUUCUAAAACAACGUCUAACUCUUUGUUAAUGUCAAACAUCAAAUUGGCAUUAUAUAGUGCAAAAGAAGGGGAAUAUGGAAUACUUUCUGUUGAAUAACUUGUAUCUCAGUCAAGUAAAAAAUCGUCAAAAAUCUAAAUAAAAAAUCAAAAGUUUUUCAUGGAUUUAAAAAUAAAAACGAUGAUUACUUCAGCUAUAAAAAGCUAAAUUAUUUCCUUAUUUUAUACCAAUACCAUCUAUCUGGUGUUCAACAAAUAUCUCUCCACAUCAACAAAUUCAUCGAAACUGCUUCCCAACUACUACAGCCAAGUGUCCAAGUCUGGAGGACAAAACAUUUUUCUCAUGUUAAGAAAUGCUUUUGUAAUGCUGUUUUGAUGAUUCAGAGGAUCCAGCCUCUGGACCUCAGCAGUUAAACCUCCACCUGUCUAAAGUAUGUUUAUCCUAAUCUCACCUGACCCCAGAAACUGGUGUGGAGAUAUAAUCCAAUUAUCUGGCAACCUGCUGCUCAGAAUCCUCUCAAACAGAUGUUCACAUUCCAACGUGGGCAUUUGGCUUUAGAUUCUGUUCAGAAAAUAAAUGGCAAGCAGACCGAGAAGAAAAAUAUGACAUUUAUAAAUGUCUGACAUCAAAGCUUCUGGUUUGUUUGGCAGAGACAGCAUUUAGAGGUUGCGCUAUUCUCUUGAGGCAUACGUCUGUGUUAACCCAUUUUCCCUUGAAAAAACAUUUGUUUUCCCAUGAAAAUCAGGUUGCUAGUCUCACAGACACUGAUCUCACAAAUAAUACUAUGCACAUCUCAUACUUGUCACUUAUGGUGGAUAAAAAUGCAUUAUAAGGGACAAUGGUGUUACCAUGAGUGAGCCCACGUUUUGUUUAUACCAAAGUCUUCACAUUUGUUUUGUUUUUUAUCUGAGACUUUUGUUUGUUUAUUGUUAAAAAUGAAAGACCAUAAAGCAUGUCGUUCUUUUUUCUUUUAAGUUUGGAAAGAUGUGGUUUGAGGAUUGUUGUGGGAGUGCUAUAUAUGCCUUCCUCUGAGGAAAUGCCUUUUUGAUAGCGUUUUAUUUUUUUGUUGAGUCUAGAUUCCUAUAAUACGGAGUGUGUAGCGAAUGGAACAGGGAAUAUUAUUAAUCACCGCUGUCUAUGGGAAUGUGUGCAACUCUUGAUGUCGAACUAACGCUCAGUGCAACAUGUAUCAAAAGGGAAAAGAGAGAGCUGGAACAGCGUAUUCUGUUCUUUGAAUCCUUGUUUCGAACCAGCCUCCUUUUGAGAUGGGUUUGCAUUCGAGUGAAUUCCUUGGAGUUAACAACAUAUAAAGCACAACAGUAGUAUGUUUUAGUUAAUUUAUUCUCAUCUUUUUUAAUGGAAACAUAUUUUGCGCUCUGGACAAUGUGCAAAACCUUCCUCUGAAAGCAGCUUUGAAUGAGGAAAUUGUUGUGGUUGAUCUUUUUCUUUGAUCUUUUUUUGUUUACUGCCCUUUACAUUCAUGGCUUAUGAAUUGACAUGCGAGGCGUGUUUCAUGCGUAUGCAAUAAAUGGUUGAACUGGAUCGCUGCACACCCAGAGGUUGUACAGACUUCGCAAAGGAAGCACAAUGUGCACGCGCGAUCGUUUUUAUGCAGGACAAAUGUUUAUUAAAGUCUUUGUGAUUUAAAUUGCUUUUUUAAAGUUGUAUAAAUAAAGGCAUUUCUUUUU